GAAGUCUGAAACAUGGGAGUUUGGAAACAGCUGCAGGCCAGCCCACGUUCUCUCUCUUCAGCUGGUUUUUGGGGGCAAACCGAGGAAACAGCCUGCAGAUCUGAAAAUCCAAGUGCUAUAUAGUAAAUAAACACAGUUUAUUUAAAUGGGCUCUUUAGAAAGCUCGGGAGCAGAAGUUGUAACCGUUGAUGUUCAUGCAGCUAAAGAUUUUAUCAAGUCUGGGUGUAAAUAUCUUGAUGUUAGGACGGUGGAAGAGUACAAGAAAGGGCAUGUGGGUGCAGACAAGAUCUUCAACAUCCCUUACAUGUUCAUUACACCAGAAGGUAGGGUGAAAAAUCCUCAAUUCUUGGAGGAGGUUUCUUCAGCUUGCAACAAAGAGGAUCAUCUUAUUGUGGGUUGUCAAAGUGGGGUGCGGUCUCUGUAUGCAACAUCUGAUCUGCUUACCGCUGGUUUUAAGGAUGUGAGUAACAUGGGAGGAGGCUAUCUUGCCUGGGUGGAGAGUGGGUAUCCUGUGAAAAAGCCAGAAGCUGAGAAUGUAUCUCUUCUGCCAAAGCCAGAAGCUGAGCUUUGAUUGUAUAUAAAUCA